AUGCCGGGAGAAAGUUCGAUCGCGCCCUUUGCCGCCAAUGGAAAUACCGCCUUUGGAUUCAAGGAGCGUCCAAAUUAUUUCAAGAAAGAACUAGCUCGGAUUCAUAGAGGAGUCAUUGUGGAAGUUAAGGACGUAUAUCAAGCAAAAAUUGCAGAGGAAGCCGGGGCGUGUUGUGUUUUGUUCUCCCAACAGAUUUUCGAAGGCAUAUCGCAAAUUCCUGAUCCGUUGCUAUUCAAGGAAAUUACGCUCGCUAUUUCCAUUCCGAUAAUCGUAAAGAUCCGCAUAGGGCACUUCGUUGAAGCGCAGAUUCUUGAUUGUAUUGGUGUGAGGCAUUUCGAUGAGAGCGACGAAGCUUCGGCUGUGGAUGACGAGAAUUUUAUCAACAAACACAAGUUUAAGGACUCGUAUUUCGUCUGUGGAAGUCGAAGCCUGGGCGAGGCGUUGAGGAGGAUAAAGGAAGGUGCGGCAAUAGUGAAGACUCUGGGGAAUAUGGGGUCUUCUUCAGGUAAUAUAUCGGAGACGUUGCGUAAUGUGAGGGCUGUGAUGUCGGAGAUUAGAUAUUUACAUAACAUGGAUGAGGAUGAGGUUUUCGCUUACUCACAAAAGAUCGGUGCGCCUUAUGAUCUUGUCAAAGAAACCAGGGAACUUGGCAGACUACCGGCAAUCUAUUACGCGGCCGGAGGCAUUGUGACUCCGGCGGAUGCCGCUUUGAUGAUGCAGUUAGGUUGUGAUGGUAUCUUCCUUGGAUUGGAGAUAUUCGAAUGCCCGAAUCCUCGCGACCGAUUAAGGAGAAUGGUUGAGGCAGUGAGGAAUCACCGCAAUCCCGAAGCUCUGGUGCGAGCUAGUUUUGAUUUGGCGCCGCGUGAGAAUCGGAUCGAACAGUCUGCUUCAGUGGCUGAAUAG